CUAUGGCCGAAAAUCGACAGCAUACUCCAUACGUUCAUCCUAAUUCUGGGUUCGUCGAUGGUGUAAUUCACAUACCAGGAGUUACUAAAGAGUUUCUGAGUCAAAUAAAAGAUCUUCCAGUCAAAGCUGAGGAUUUGUUUGUUGCUUCGUAUCCUAAAUCAGGAACAACAUGGGUUUCUGAAAUCAUUUUUCAAAUUUGUCGUGAUGCAAGCAUCGACGAAAGACCAAUCAGAAUACGAGUACUGUUUCUGGAGGCUACGAAGAUCUCAAGCAAUGUCAAUACAAAGGAAGAACUCAAUGACUUGUAUUUGAAUCAUCCUUCACCGCGUAUCUUCAAGACUCAUCUGCGAUACCAUGAAGUACCCAUGGGAGAUGGUAAAACCAACAAACCAAAGUACAUCUACGUAGCGCGGAAUCCAAAAGACAUUGCUGUUUCGCUUUACCAUCAUUACCGGCGUAUGAAACAUUACGAAUUUGGUUCUGAUCGAACAUGGGAUGAGUUCUUUAAGAUGUUUAUCGAUAGUCGAGUUGAAUACGGAGGUUGGUUUGAUCACGUGCUUGGAUGGUGGGUUCAUCGUGAUGACGACAAUGUUCUGUUCCUAAAGUACGAAGACAUGAAAAAGGACCUGCCUUGUUCUGUUCAACAAAUAGCCAAAUUUCUUGGUAAAGAUUUAUCUCCAGAGAUGAUUCAACGUAUCGCUGACCAAACAACCUUUACUGCCAUGUCUGAUGGCAAAGGACGAUUCUACGAUGGUGAACCAGACGGCCAUAAACGGAGAAACCCGGGUGCAACAAAAUUUCUUCGAAAAGGCGAAGUUGGUGACUGGAAAAACUACUUCACUGAUGAACAAAACCGACAAUUUGAUGAAAUGUACGAGAAGAAAAUGGCUGGAAGUGGACUGGAAAUAGAAUUCUGAAUCACGUCUGUGAUCUUUCUCAUUACUUUUGACUUUUGUCAUAUUUACACUGUAAAUAACUUACUCAUAUGUGUGUAAAUUAAGAGAAAGGGAUUCCAAAAAUUAGUUUUGUUGUUCAGUCAGCACUGUUCAGCACUGUUUAAAAGGACUUUGAGAGAGCAAAGGCUGUAUUGUCUAGGCAAAAAGUGGGUAGACCUACCACUAACUGCARCAGAAGAUUUUGCACCAGAAAGCCUUUGCUAUUAAUAAAACACCUUUUAAGAGUUC